CCCGCUCCGUUCUCGCGGCAGUCUGACGCCGGUCGCGCACUUGGUACGGUUGUGUUUUCGUAUAGUUUUUCGCCGGUCAUCCCGUGCCGAGGCUCCGACUGGGACACAUCGCGCGGAGUUACUCGUAGUCGUAUCGAUGCGUGUUUAACGUCGCUCUGGUUUUGUAUGUAGCGAACGCGCAGUGUCCGCUGAAACGACUCGAAACAAGGAAUCUGAGAGACGACGCCAGAUGCUCGAACCUAACCUCUAAGCGCGAAGACCGCUCCGAAGAAGUAGUAGUAUGCUCGCCGUUACGAAGCUACGGUAAACUCGUUGCGACGUCGCGUGUCCAACGUGACUUUCUCUCGUCGCCAACGUAUCACGCGCGAACUCUCCUUGCGUGUUUUUCGAGUCCCGCGGGAUUCGCGAUCCCUCGUGAUUUCUCGCGACCAAUCGAUUUCGUGCGACGGCGUUGCAUGCCAAGUAUCAAGAAAGCAAGAAAACGAAAUGAGUCCAAGUUUCGGUGCGGCGCGGAACAUUCUCUUCACGGGGCAUCGUCUCGGCUGGUGUUGUAAGUGAUUGACGAAGAAAGGAACAAAAGAGACAGAGAAGCAACAUGAUAUUGUAAAUGACAGUGCAGCGAGGAGGGGAGAGCGAGCGAUUCACGGACGGAGAGGCAGCAAGGCAAGCACCGAGACAAGCUUCUAAUCUUAACCUGCCUGCCGAGGAAAGAAGAAAGAAAAUCAGUAGAAAGAACGUCUGCGGAAUGUAAAACAAAUCGGUCGAAUUUUCCUACGGAAUUUUCCCUCGUCACGGAGAGAGCGAUAUCAUGGGAUUCGUGGUGUUUUCCGGCGAAAAGACGUCAACGCAAAGAGAUAAACUUCGAAAAUUGUAUCGCGUAGAAAGCGUCGCGCCUGUACAUCGUUCCUAAUUGACAGAUAGAGGGUAGAGGGAACGCCAGCGCGACGAGGGAGGAUAACUAGGAGAGGGAAUGAGAAGCGAGUCGGACGGAAGACACGGAGCGGCGUUCGAAAUUUACGAGUGAGCCGGUUUGCUUGCACGUCGUGAGGUCCAAGGUGGUUGUCUAGGGGCGGUCGUGCGCCGUAACAAAUGGUUCAGUCGUGAACCGGCUCGCCGUGCAACGACACCGGAAGCAGACGGCAACUAUCUAGCGAACGAACGAGCGAGCAAGUAAGCAAGCAGGAAGAGACUCGCAAGAAUUCGCGAGCACACGGAUGUAAAGUUUCAAGCACGGCUGUCUGACUGUCUUUCGCGUGGCGAAUUGUUCCGAGGCACGAAAGCCGAAUGAACGGCGGCACUUGUUUUUUCGAGACGUCACUCGGAGACGGGAUGAUUCCGAAUCGCCGACGAUGAGACAACGCGCGCAUUGCGUCAAUCGUUCUGCUAGAGAAACGCGAUUUCUUGCCGCGCAAUUCGGACCGAACAAUGACACGGUGUCGCGCGACUAUGUGCCGUUGAAGAAAAGACUACGAAGAGAAUUGAUCUUCGCGGCACAACCUGGCCAGAUGGGUUAAAGGCGGCCGCUAUUGACGGCGCGAUCUCGUGCUGCUUGCGAAAUGGCGAUCAUAUCCCAAAAGUGCAACAAGUGGUGUCCAGAUCCUCGAUGCUGAGACGUCAUCGAUGUUACUCGAUAGAUGUACGGGGGGGAUUUGAUCCGGGACCGAUCGGGUUUGCGACCUGGCUUGGAUCGAGGCUCCCAAGCCGGAAAGAAUCGCCGUUGUUGCCCGGAACGUGCGCGACGCCAACGGGAUUAAAGCGCGUCUAAUGAACUCUGAAUCCGUUUUUCUCGUCUCGAGUACGAUCGCCUCUCGAAAUUUGCUCGUCAGGCUUUCCUUUGCCGAGCUAAGUAGAUUUACUUCGUCGGUAGGGGGGAGAAAACGUUCGACCAACGAAUUGAAAGUUAAGAGAUCCCGGUCCGAUGCUGCUCGUUAACCUCGUCAAAAGGUACUUUAUUGAAAGGAUCAAGAGGUAGCCUCGAGCUGAGAUUUCAAAACUUGACUACGUGAAUCUGUCGGUGUUAUCCUCGCCGGAGAACAGAUACGCGGGAAGUGAAACUUUAAACUACAGUUUGCGUUUAACUAUCGAUCGAGGAUAAUAAGAGAAUAUUGAUAUAAAUUAUUUACGUAUCAUAUACGCGUUUUAAAAGAUACACAUCGCGUUUUACAAGAAACACCAUAUCUAAUGCAGGCUGCAGACGUUGAAAGAAAAACUGCAAACGCGAAUCCAUGGCGACGACGAUACCUGAUACUGAACAGAAGAGGACACUCGUCGGAAAUCAUCGACGAUUCUCGGAUCUGCUACCGGAUCGUCCGUCGGAUUCGUUGAAGAAGGUUGCAAUAGUGUUUGCGCGUCGCAGGCAAACACAUCAACUGACUGAUCGUUCGAGGGUGGACACUUGGCGAUAAGCGUUGGUCGCAUUCGCAGAUACGUCGUCGAAUGAGACGAUGGUGAUGAGGAUAUCCGCGGGUGAAUCUGGCGUUCCUCUAUUAGGCGCCUUCGGUCCGCGCUGCGUCUUCAAGCAGGCGACGGUGAAGCGCUGCGUCGUAGCGCUUCUGCUCGUCUCCGUCAGUAGUAUACUCUACUACACUCACUACAUCAUCAGCAGUGGACCACUGUCCAGCUUGAUACAUCGUGAUACGAGACCGGAGCCGGCGAUACGAUGUUCCACUCUAAGAGGAGCAACCAGACUGCCGUCAGCACCGGACCAUCGCAGUGAAGCACGGUUAAGGAUAGAUCCGAAGGUGUUGGUCUUUGUAGAAACUCUGUACUCGAGGCUAGGCCGAGAGAUAGCCGAGCUGCUAGUUUAUAAUCGAAUAAAGUACAAAGUGGAGGUGACUGGCAAGUCUUUACCUGUGUUAACAAAUCUUGAUAAAGGUCGGUAUGGAGUGCUCAUCUUCGAGAAUUUAAACAAGUACCUGCAUAUGGACAAAUGGAAUCGCGAGCUGCUGGACAAGUAUUGCAGAGAAUAUUCGGUUGGCAUCGUGGGUUUUGCUCCUCCCGGAGAAGAGAGUCUGGUUGGUGCUCAGCUCAAGGGCUUUCCACUUUUUAUACACACAAAUCUUAGGUUGAAGGAUGCUCAGCUGAAUGCGGCGUCUCCCAUUCUUCGAUUAACCAGAGCGGGGGAAACGGCCUGGGGACCACUUCCUGGCGGUGACUGGACUAUUUUUCAGGCCAAUCACAGCACCUACGAGCCGCUCGCUUGGGCGCAUCGAGACAGCCUCGACGACUAUCCGGCCAACAAAAGUCCCCUGGCCACCGUCAUUCAAGAUCAUGGCAGAUACGAUGGAAUUGAGAGAGUUCUUUUCGGCGGCGGACUGCGAUUCUGGCUGCACAAGUUGCUACUUCUAGACUCGUUGUCCUAUUUGUCGCACGGACAAUUGAGUCUCAGCUUAAAUCGUAUGAUUUUGGUGGACAUCGACGAUAUAUUUGUUGGCGAGAAGGGCACCAGGUUGAAAAGAGACGACGUAAUGGCGUUGCUGGCUACUCAGGAGAGAAUACAAGCACUGGUACCGGGGUUCAAAUUCAAUUUGGGGUUUUCCGGAAAAUAUUUUCAUCACGGAACGGCAAUGGAGAAUUUGGGAGACGACAUGCUUCUGAAGAACUCAAACAAAUUUACGUGGUUUUCCCACAUGUGGAAUCAUCAACAACCACAUCUGUACCAGAAUGUAACUCAUCUACAACUGGAUAUGGCGCUGAACAAGCAAUUCGCAAAGGACCAUGGUAUACCGACCGGAAGCGGAUACAGCGUAAGUCCGCAUCACUCCGGCGUUUACCCGGUCCAUGAAGGCCUCUACGAAGCAUGGAAGCGGAUAUGGAACAUCAAGGUCACGAGUACUGAAGAGUAUCCGCACUUGAGGCCGGCACGUUUGAGACGCGGCUUCAUUCAUCGUAACAUUAUGGUCCUACCGAGGCAAACUUGUGGUCUUUUUACUCACACAAUUUUUAUCGAGAGGUACCCAGGCGGAAGAGAGAAGCUAGACGAGUCGAUACAGGGCGGUGAACUUUUUCAAACGAUUGUAUACAAUCCAAUAAAUAUUUUUAUGACGCAUAUGUCGAAUUAUGGAAACGAUCGACUGGCGUUGUACACUUUCGAAUCGGUUAUAAAAUUCAUUCAAUGUUGGACAAAUUUAAAACUGUCCAGUGCGCCGCCGCUUGAGCUUGCGGAACGUUAUUUUCAGUUAUAUCCCGAGGAAGCCGAUCCGGUGUGGGGAAAUCCGUGUGAUGAUCAGAGACAUCAAAAGAUCUGGUCCCGAAAUAAAACUUGCGACCAAUUACCGAGGUUUCUAGUAAUUGGACCGCAAAAAACCGGCACCACUGCGCUGUAUACGUUCCUAUCUAUUCAUCCAGCAAUAAGCAGCAAUUUGCCAAGUCCUGAUACUUUCGAAGAGAUACAGUUUUUUAACGGAAAGAAUUAUUACAAAGGACUCGAUUGGUAUAUGAGUUUCUUCCCAGCUUCAAAAAACGAGAGCUCCCGAUAUUUCUUCGAGAAAUCCGCUACUUACUUCGAUGGAGAAUUGGUACCUCGAAGGGUACAUGCACUCUUGCCAAAAGCUAAGCUGAUCACUAUAUUGCUGUCUCCAGCCAGACGUGCUUACUCAUGGUACCAGCAUACCAGAGUUCACGGAGACCCGAUUGCGAACAAUUACUCUUUCCACGAUGUAAUCACGGCGAGCGAUUCCGCACCAAAACCCCUACGGGACCUCAGAAAUAGAUGUCUAAAUCCUGGGAAGUACGCCCAACAUUUAGAGAGGUGGUUGUCGCAUUUCUUGCCGCAACAAUUGCACAUUAUCGAUGGCGAGCAGUUGCGACAGAAUCCUGUGGAAACAAUGCACGAGUUGCAGCGAUUUUUAAAGAUAACACCCGCUUUUAAUUACUCCUCGCAUUUGAGAUACGAUCCGAAAAAGGGUUUUUUCUGUCAAGUGACGAACGAGGAUCGCACUAAGUGUCUCGGCAAAAGUAAAGGUCGUCAAUAUCCGCCGAUGGAAGACAGAUCUUACAAAUUAUUGCAGAGAUAUUACUUGUCCCACAACACAGCUUUAGUAAAAUUAUUGAAACGACUUGGGUCCAGAACAAUUCCGCAAUGGCUGAAGGAAGAUCUCACAGAUACGGUGAUGACCUAGCAAACGCCGAUUACGUGAAACAUAAAUGUUUCCCGACUGCUCGCUUCCGCUAUCAGCGAAAUACAUCAUUUGCUAGCGGAAGACCUGUAAAUUAAUUGUACAUUCGUAACUCCACUGAAUUCUACAUCUUCAGAGGAAAGGACCAUGCUGGCCUAUCUCAGUGGACUGGCCUAAACUCUAAAUGGAAAGCCUGCAGAAGCUAGUCACUAAGCGGCUUUGUGAAGCCACAGUUAUAAUUGCCGACUAUUGUUAAGCUUU